AUAGUAACCAGAUUGAACGGCUGUCGAUCACUUUUUCAGCUAAUAGCACUUGAGCCUUUACUGUUCCUUCGUCGAGCGACAAACAAGAACCUUAAUCCAAUUUUCCGGGAUAAUUUUCGUUCUACAGGGAGGCAUAACCAGGGAAAGUAAAAGAAAACAAAAGAUGUCGGGCAUGGGAGAUGGCUAUGUGGGCACGGCCCAAGACGCCGUCAGGAUCCGGCGGUUAGAGAAGCAACGAGAAGCCGAGCGUCGCAAAAUCCAAGAGCUUAAGACCAAGUCCGCCUCCGCCAAGGGCCAGCCUGGCCUCCUCCAAUUCGGGUCAAGCACCUCGGAGAUUCUCGAGACUGCAUUUAAGAAGGAGACUGUGGGUUUGGUUACAAGAGAGCAAUAUGUUGAGAAGAGGGUCAAUAUUCAGAAUAAAAUUGAAGAGGAAGAAAAGGAGAAGCUACAAAAGUUGCGGCAAGAGGAGGAGGAACUCCAGUUAGAAAAGCGGAAAAAGAGAAAGAUUAAGGGGAAUCCUCGGUUAUCAUUCGCUGAUGAUAUUGAGAAUGGAAGUGAAGAAGAGGAUGCUGAAGACAAAGGUGAGUCAAAAAAAUUAGUGCCUGGGAAAGUUGGCAAAGAUCCCACAGUGGAAACGAGCUUCUUGCCUGAUAGUGAGCGGGAGGCAGAGGAGCAAGCUGAGCGUGAAAGGUUGCGGAAACAAUGGCUUCGUGAACAGGAACAGAUUCGAAAUGAGCCCCUUGAAAUUACUUACAGCUACUGGGAUGGAACAGGCCAUAGGAGGGUGAUCCAGGCACGUAAAGGUGAUACCAUAGGAGAGUUCCUUAGGGCAGUUCAGCAACAACUUGCACCUGAGUUUAGAGAAAUCAGGACAACAUCUGUGGAGAAUUUACUUUAUGUGAAGGAAGAUCUCAUCAUUCCCCAUCAACACAGCUUCUAUGAGCUUAUUGUUAACAAGGCUAGAGGCAAAAGUGGACCACUGUUUCACUUUGAUGUGCAUGAGGAUGUGCGGACCAUAGCUGAUGCGACAAUUGAGAAGGAUGAGUCUCAUGCUGGUAAAGUUGUUGAGAGGCAUUGGUAUGAGAAGAACAAACACAUUUUCCCUGCUUCAAGAUGGGAGAUAUAUGACCCAUCAAAGAAGUGGGAGCGUUACACCAUCCAUGGAGAUUGAUCUAGUAGCUGGAUUUGUUUUACAGCCAUGGCAAGGUUUUGUGUCAACUUAUAGGGGCACUAGUUUUUUUUGUUUCUUUUUCUUUUUAACAAAAAAAAUAAAUUAAUUGUGCGGUUUCAUUUCAGUAUCAUCAAGUACUUAUAUGUAGUUGAUAGUGGCUGGAGUUAUAAAUCUUCUACUUGGCAUUUUUUUUCAGAAAGUAUAUAUACAUCUUUUACUGCUGCAAGAAUUCAGCAUAA